AUGUCGCGUAUAAAAGAUUUAUAUUUAUGUAAAAAUAUAGAUGACCUGGAGAAGAAAUCAGAGAUACCAGAUGUCCGGGAUCGCAAAAUGAAAAUCCGUCUAAUUAGGUUACUUGAGACAGCACGGAAACUUAUUGCUGAGGCUGAAAAACAUGAUCUCCUGGGUGAUGAGGAGAUGGCCUAUGUCUUCUACACGAAGUACUUUAGUCUGCUGAAUAUAAUCUACAAGAAAAAAGAUUACAAUGAAAGUAAACCAAUGAUUCGGCAAAUGUUGGGCGACAAUCGUUCCAAUAAAAUGACCAUGGAUCGUCUGGAAAUGUUAACAAAAUCGCUGAAUGAACGUUAUGAUCGUUUACAUGCUAAGACUUUGCCGCAGAUUACAAAAGUCAAUCUAAAUGCAUCGAUAAAUCAAGAACGGUCACGUUCAAAUUCACCAAAAGUUAUUGAAGGAAAUGGUCUGCCAUCCUCAUUGCGUUUGAUGUCUUCUCAAGAGCUUUACGAAUCAAUGAAGACCUUGAAGGUAUUGAUUAUGGACUGCCGGCCAGCUGAGGAUUAUAAAUCAUCACAUUUGAACUAUUCGUUGGCAUUUAAUGUUCCGCAGGAAUUAAUACAAUAUGGUAUGUCAGCUGGAAAGUUGCAGGACAAACUAGAUCCGGAAUCGAAAAAGUUAUGGUCAGCCAGAGCUAUAAAAGAUCAAGUGGUUCUAAUGGAUUGGAGUUGUUCAGAUCCAAAUCCGCCGGAGGGCUCGGCUAUAGCUGUGUUACUUAAUAUUCUUCAAAAUUGGGACCCUGAUGUUACCUAUCGUUCACCUAUCAAAAUUCUUGAAGGUGGUUAUGAAUACUUCAAAAUGGUCUAUCCAUUUAUGUGUACAAAUCCAAUGGUGCAGGCACCAUCAACACCACAAAAUAAUAUGAAUCUCAUUGAUGAUAUUGAAUAUCCUUCAGUGUUUGAUAUUCAAAUGAAAGAUGAAAUUUUAAGUACCACCAACACAGCUACUUCACCCAUACGGCCAAUUAUUGAUCGAUCCAGCAAGAUGGCGGCCAUACAAACCUAUAAGGAAAAAGAAAAGGCCAUCGAUGAGAUAGUCAAAGAACAGGAGGUCCUGCUGGAAAAGGCCCAAGAAAAUGACGAGGAAUUGCAGAAGGUGGCCAAACAAUGGAAUAGAAUAUACGAAAAGAAACAAUUGGAUCCGGCCGAUCAGGAAAUUCUCUAUAAAAUGAUGCAAUUGGAAAGUGUGGCAGAGGAUUAUAAACUUGACAAUAUUCGUCUGCGCGAAGAGCUGGAAGAAUAUAAACGUCGUGAACAGGAAAGUGCUACACGUUUACCACAACAAACCCAAGAGGUUGUCGAAAAGACCAAGGAAAUUGAAGCAAAAAUUGAGGAACGUCUACGACGUGAUGAACAGUUGGAAAGGGAAAAAGAACAACGAGCCAUACAACUUGCCAUUGCUAGAGAGAAUAAAAAAAUGUUCCAAACAAGACAAAUGGAAAAACAACAAGCCGAACAAGAACAAUUAGAUCGUGAACCGUCACCCACACCACCACCUCCAGCUGCACCAGAAGUGAUACCAACAAAGCCAUCUGUACCACAAUUUGAUCGUUCAGUUAAACCCCAGUUGACAGCACAUAAUCAGCAGCAACAACCACAGCGGCCUCAGUCACCAAAUAUUUAUGCCUUACAGGAGAGAAAGCGAGAUUUUUCACCAGUUCGCGGUUCAGUGCCACUUAUGUUCGAUUCUAUUGUGGUUCUUGUUAUCAUGAUUAUUGCUGGUGUGAAGAUACAAUUACCCGCAACAACGACAUAUCGUUACAAAUCACCAUUUCGUCCGGUGAAAAAGGGUCGCGGUCUGACCGGCUUAAAGAAUUUAGGCAACACCUGCUAUAUGAAUAGCAUUCUGCAAUGCCUUAGCAAUACCCCCCAAUUGGCGGAAUACUGUAUUACGGACAAAUACAAGAAUUAUAUUAGCCGCAAUAAUAAAACAAAAGGACAAAUUGUUGAAGAGGUGGCCGCGCUAAUAAAGGUCCUGUGGAAUGGCAACUAUAAAUGUGUGGCCAGCAAGGAUUUGCGUUAUGUUAUUGGCCAAUAUCAAAAAAUGUUCCGCGGCAUCGAACAACAGGACUCCCAUGAAUUUCUCACCAUACUCAUGGACUGGCUACAUUCCGAUUUACAAACUCUAACCGUACCCGAAUAUCCCCGCGAACCAAUGACCGCCUCCGACAAGGCUUGGCUCGAUUUUACCAAGGCCAAAGAGAGCCUUAUUCUGCAUUUAUUUUAUGGCCAAAUCAAAAGUAUUGUUAAGUGUACCACAUGCGAUCAGGAAUCGGCCACCUACGAAUGUUUUUCAAAUUUAAGCCUCGAACUGCCCGAGAACAACAACAUCUGUCAGCUGUCACAAUGUUUGGAUAUGUAUUUUAGCGGGGAACGGAUCAGCGGUUGGAAUUGUCCGGCAUGUAAACAGAAGCGAGAUGCCAUCAAGAAAUUGAAUAUCUCAAAACUGCCACCGGUGUUGGUGAUACAUUUGAAAAGAUUCUAUGCCGACACGGACUCCCUAAGUCCUACCUAUAAGAAAAAACAAAAUUAUUUACGUUUUCCCUUGGAAAAUCUAAAUAUGUCACCGUACAUAACGAUCUCGGAAUCGCGACGCAGCACAUCGAAAUCCUAUGAACUGUAUGCCGUCUCCAAUCACUAUGGGUCUAUGGAAAGUGGUCAUUACACGGCGUUCUGUAAGAGUGGAACCUAUAAUAAAUGGUUUAAAUUUGAUGAUCAAAUGGUAACGCCCCAAGACGAAUCCACGGUGGUCUCAAGUGCUGCUUACAUUUUAUUUUAUACACGUCUGGCGCCGUCACAAUAUAUUAUGGAAAGUAAUUCCUCUAGGCUAUAAAUAU